GGCCCCACCAGCUCCUUUACUCCCACAGUGGGCCAGUGUUGGGAACAGCUCCCAGAGGCAGGGGCUCCCCAAUUCCCAGGAUCCCAGGACAGGGUGGCAAGUAGCAGCCCUUCCCCACGACUGGCGGGGUUGGCUCUGGAGGAGAUGCUCCCGUGGAAGGGGGAGUUUAGGGAUGUGACCUUGGACAGAGGAGCACAGUUGGAGGGAGGCUAAGCACCAGACAGACGGAGGUGAUUGAGAACGUUCCCUUCCUUCUGGGGUGGUUGCCGAAAGCAUCCCUGGGCCUUGGGGAAAAGGCCUUGUCUCCCCCAUCUGGUUGGCUGUGCCCUUGUGUUCCAGUUCUGCAUUUCCGCUGGUUGCUUUGGUCUUUUCCCUCCUGGUGUCUCCUUUUAGAAGCACGUCUGGAGACUCUUAGUUUUAGGUGAGGAGGAUGAUUCACGUUCCUCGGAAACAUGUUCCCGGACUCUCUCCUGCCCCAGCACCCAAAGGCCUUUGAUGUGGUGGAAAGGAGCUUCCUGGAGUCCAUCGAUGAUGCAUUGGCUGAGAAGGCAAACCUCCAGGCCCAGCUGCCAGAGGGUAUCCCUCAGCACCAGCUGCCUCCUCAGUAUCAGAAGAUCCUUGAGAGACUCAAAGCUGUGGAGAGGGAGAUUUCAGGAGGAGCCAUGGCCGUGGUGGCAGUCCUUCUCAACAACAAGCUCUACGUCGCCAAUGUCGGUACAAACCGGGCUCUUUUAUGCAAGUCCACGGUGGACGGAUUACAGGUGACGCAGCUGAACGUGGACCACACCACAGAGAACGAGGACGAGCUCUUCCGCCUGUCGCAGCUGGGUUUGGAUGCCGGAAAGAUCAAGCAAGUGGGGGUCAUCUGUGGUCAGGAGAGCACCAGGCGCAUCGGGGAUUACAAGGUCAAAUACGGCUACACUGACAUUGAACUGCUCAGUGCUGCCAAGUCCAAACCGAUCAUUGCGGAGCCAGAAAUCCACGGUGGGCAUCCACUGGAUGGGGUCACUGGCUUCCUUGUGCUGAUGUCCGAGGGGCUGUACAAGGCCCUGGAGGCAGCCCAUGGGCCCGGGCAGGCCAAUCAGGAAAUUGCCGCGAUGAUUGACACUGAGUUUGCCAAGCAGACCUCCCUGGACUCGGUGGCCCAGGCUGUCGUGGACCGGGUGAGGCGUAUCCACGGAGACACCUUUGCCAGUGGUGGGGAGCGUGCCAAGUUCUGCCCACGGCACGAGGACAUGACCCUGCUGGUGAGGAACUUUGGCUACCCACUGGGUGAAAUGAGCCAGCCCGCAUUGGCCCCAGCCCCAGCUGCAGGAGGCCGUGUCUACCCUGUGUCCGUGCCCUACUCGAGUGCCCAGAACACCAGCAAGACCAGCGUGACUCUGUCGCUCGUCAUGCCCUCCCAGGGCCCGAUGGUCAACGGAGCCCACGGCGCCUCCACCUUGGACGAGGCCACGCCCACCCUCACCAACCAGAGCCCGACCGUGACCCUGCAGUCCACCAACACACACACCCAGAGCAGCAGCUCCAGCUCGGACGGGGGCCUCUUCCGCUCGCGGCCGGCCCACUCCCUCCCGCCAGGCGAGGAUGGCCGGGUCGAGCCCUACGUGGACUUCGCAGAGUUUUACCGCCUCUGGAGUGUGGACCAUGGCGAGCAGAGUGUGAUGACAGCUCCGUAGCCCCGGCCGGGCAGUGCAGCCUUCCCAGGGCCAGCCCGAGCAGGGCCUUGCAUGGGGAUGAGGGGACAAGGGGCCCAGCUCGGGGCAGGUGGGGCUUUUUGUCUUUUCCUGAUAGUAGAGCCUACAGGCCUUGGCCUGCACCAAACUGUUGUCCUGAGGCUCUGGGUGCUGAAGAGAAUAUUCUCCCAAG